AGGCUCAAUAACGAGAUUAGCUACUGCAAGUAGCAUAAAAUGGUUUUUAGUGGUUGUACGCUGAAAAGUUUCAAUAAAUAUGGCAACACCACUUACAGAUAAACAGCGCAACUCAAACAGCUGUUUAAUAAAUUAUUUGACAUGUUUAUGCUCAUCAAAGCGCAAUUAAGGUUAUGUCUCUGUGAUUAUUUUGAAUAGUGUAUUUAGUUUGCUGCACUGCAAAUUUAGCGCAUUAAUGUGUGAAUUGUAGAUUCCGAUGUUCAGUGUUAGUUUAAAACAGUACUAUAAGUUCUUCACUUUUUUUAUCUUGAUAAUUUGCCACUGCCAUGCCUAAGAAGUCGAAGAAAGGACCAGUAAGUAGUUUAGGAGAUGUAACUGUUCUUGAUUAUGCUGACUCAACGGCUCCAAAGAACAGAGCGAAGAAGUUGUUAACAAAUGUAAACAGAGCGCUCAGGAAAGAAGUGGAAAAAGCCAAAGAUAAAGACGAAAAUCUACCGCACGUUACAGGUAAUAGUGACGAAGAUGAGGCAGCAGUAUAUUAUAUGAAAAUGUCUAAAACGAAAAACAGAAGACACACUAAUUUAUCAAAUCACAAAUAUAAUCGGAAAAAUGAAGGAGGGAAAACAUAUCCAAUUGACAUCUGGUUUCUUUUGUCCGAGUACAUUAGACCUGAAGAUGUUGGCGUUUUUGCUGCCAUAUGCAAAUCAUCGUUCCAAGUGACAUGUAGUGCAGCUUUCUGGUUUUCCCUGUAUCGUCGAUAUUAUACAUGUGUACCGGACAUGCCUGCUUCUUUGCGUCCCGAAAAAUUGAUAAGAAAAACCGCAUUAAGAAAAGAUGUUAUUCGUUCCCUUUUUUACAUGUACAAACCGUUCCGCAAUAGACUAACCAAUACCCGAACAUCAGAGCUGUACAAUAACAAUUUAUCAGUUCUGGUCAAUAAGACUUUAUAUGAAAUAUCCAGUGAGAGCCAGAAGGGCAGUUAUACGUAUUAUUUCAAGAUGGCACCGAAAAUAUUAUCCUCAUCCUCAUCUAGAAGCGUAUCAGAUACAGCGUCUUUAUUGGAUGUUUUAGAUGACGUUUUUUAUAAUCCGAAUGACCAAUGUUGCGCUUUAAAAGUUGUUUGCCGCGACUCAAUUCCGAUCCUGCCAAUCUCAGGUCUGACGUUGAGGGGUGCAGUAUUAAGUAGUUCGGUUCAAUUUCACAAACUAAAACUCGAGUUUGGACCCAUGUAUGGCAGACUAGGUGGCUCUGAAUGUGUUACAGUAAAUUUCGAUGCUGUAGUGCAGGUGCUGGUUGUCGACUGGUGGCAUCGUCUUUAUCCGUUCCAUGGAAACCAUAUGCUAGAUUUAGCCGAUAGUUUAAAUUGGUGUUUAAAAAACGGAAGUUAGUCCAGAAAAUGUGCAUCUGAAUCCCAAAGUUUACAGAUAUUUGAACUUUUCUACUUGACUUUUUAAAUCAGCCUGUUCACAUCAAUAUAAUAUUAAUCAUAUAGACUUCAUUCAUUAUAUUUUGUUAUACCAAUCAACGAAGCAUAUUUAGCAUAUAAUGUUGGACUUGGAGGAAAUUUGUUUAUUUUCUUUAGACCAUGGCUCUUAAUCGAAAGUAAAAUUAAAUUGAGUUGUCGCCCUGAAAUACAGAACGUUGUUAUUUUUACUGAACUUUAUUUACACUUAAUUUAUACCUAAGUGGCCUAAAGAUAUUUUGAAAUUAGAAUAUUAUAGGGGUUAUUGUUCCCGUAUAAACUGUUACUUUUACUUGCUGAAAUAAAAUUUCGUUUAUGUUACUGUUAA